AUCUACCUCACUCUGCUCUCCUUUUUCGUCGAGGUCUCAUCCCGGCUCUCUCUCGAGUCUCUUAGCGAAAAAUUUCAAAUUCGUUUUUUCAUCUAACGUUUUCGUUUGCAGACUCCAAACUCCGAACCCUAACCCUAAUUCAACCUACUCACACUUUCACACAGCAGAAUAUGGGCGAAACAAGGGAUGAUGUGUACGAGGAGGAGCUUGUCGAUUAUGAAGAAGAGGAGGAGAAGGCCCCCGACUCCGCAGCUAAAGUCAAUGGCGAAGCCCCUAAGAAGGGAUAUGUUGGAAUUCACAGUUCAGGGUUCAGAGAUUUCCUUUUGAAGCCAGAGCUUCUUCGAGCUAUUGUGGACUCCGGGUUUGAGCAUCCGUCUGAAGUGCAACAUGAAUGUAUUCCUCAAGCUAUCCUGGGAAUGGAUGUCAUUUGUCAAGCUAAAUCUGGGAUGGGGAAAACUGCUGUUUUUGUUCUAUCAACUUUGCAGCAGAUUGACCCUGUAGCAGGCCAAGUUUCUGCACUCGUUCUUUGCCAUACUAGAGAAUUAGCUUACCAGAUCUGUCAUGAAUUUGAGAGGUUCAGUACAUACUUGCCUGAUCUCAAGGUUGCUGUCUUCUAUGGUGGUGUCAAUAUCAAACUUCACAAAGAUUUGCUGAAAAAUGAAUGCCCUCACAUUGUUGUUGGAACGCCUGGAAGAAUAUUGGCAUUGGCAAGGGAUAAAGACCUCUCCUUGAAGAAUGUGAGGCAUUUCAUCCUUGAUGAAUGUGACAAAAUGCUUGAAUCACUAGACAUGAGGAGAGACGUGCAAGAGAUUUUCAAGAUGACGCCGCAUGAUAAGCAAGUGAUGAUGUUUUCUGCAACACUCAGCAAAGAAAUCCGCCCGGUUUGCAAGAAAUUUAUGCAAGAUCCUAUGGAAAUAUAUGUUGACGAUGAAGCCAAGUUGACCCUGCAUGGUCUAGUACAGCACUACAUCAAGUUAACCGAGGCAGAGAAAAACCGCAAGUUGAACGACCUCCUUGAUGCACUGGACUUCAACCAAGUUGUUAUAUUCGUCAAGAGCGUGAGCAGAGCCGCUGAAUUGAACAAGUUACUUUCAGAGUGCAAUUUUCCCUCUAUAUGCAUCCAUUCUGGAAUGAACCAAGAAGAAAGGUUGAAGCGCUACAAAGGAUUCAAGGAGGGUCAUAACAGGAUUCUUGUGGCCACAGAUUUGGUUGGCAGAGGAAUCGACAUUGAGCGUGUUAACAUUGUUAUCAACUAUGACAUGCCAGAUUCUGCUGACACUUAUUUACACAGGGUUGGCAGAGCUGGUAGGUUUGGCACCAAAGGUCUGGCAAUUACAUUUGUUUCAUCUGCAGCGGACUCUGAUGUUCUUAAUGAUGUUCAGGAAAGGUUUGAGGUUGAUAUAAAGGAGCUUCCUGAACAGAUUGAUACUGCCACAUACAUGCCGUCUUAAUUGAAGUUUGGGUCUCUCAGUUUACAAUGAAGGCAUGGGAUAUUGGAGGAUGGGAUGAAGGAGUGUGUCGCAGGACGUUCUGUUUUUUCUGUCAGACUGAUUGAUUUUAAACGAUUUGUUUUAUGAGGUAGAAGCUCAAAGUUGAUGUAUAAGUCUUUGAACUUGUGGUCUCUAGAAACUUGCAGCCCUUCCUCCACACAACAAAGAAAGGUAGCAGCAGGCAGGCAUAACUAGGGCUUUGAGGUGUAGCCGCGUUUGAAUUUUUAGUAUCCAUUUGCAGUAUUAUUUUGUAUUAAUUAGCGCUCCAACUUUUAUGCCCCUGUGGGUUAGAACAACUUGGAGGGAAUUUUAUGUACUUUCUCCGCUUUUAAACGUCGGUAUGAAGAUUUUACAAGAAAAAUGAUCUUGUGUGAGAAGAA